UUUGUCAACGGAGACUCCACUUCAGCCCCUGACUGUAAAUAUAACCUAUUUUUAAAUGAGCACUAUCACUACACGUUUUUGUUUAUUUAGUUAAAAUGAUUGCGGUAUCAAAACAUGACCUGUUCAAUGUCUGUACUGCUGGUUGCAGAAAGUGGUCAUGGGAGAAUUUAUCGCACGGUCAAACGCGUUAUUAAGGCGAUCUCGACUAUUAAAUAAUUUGAAAAAAAAUUUUAUGUUGCAAUUAAAUAUUUCGUUGAUAGCUUUAUCAGGUCAAGAGUCAGAGUUACAAUGAACUUUCAAAUACCUUAGAUACAGUGUACUAAAUUUUAUGGGGUGGUAAAACCUAACAGGUUUAUCAAGUCAAGAGUCAAAGUUGCAGUGAACUCUCAGAUACCUUAAACACAAUGUACUAAAUUUGAAGGGGUGGUCAAAACACCCCUCUUCUAAUGACCUCUCAAAUACUGAAGUGGUAACAAUGCUAUCAGAAAUAUUUAACCUUUGCGAAAUUAACAGUUAAAAUGCGGUGAUGUUAUUUCUGGAAAUGAUUCAGUCCUUUUACUCUGCGUUAUAAAUUUACGCAACUUUUUUAGCUUCUAUCAGUAACAUUUUAUUACGGAUUGAUAGCCACGCACACGUGUUAAAUUCUUGUCGAAUAAAAUUUAUUUUUUUUUAUUACGAUAAAGUUUAUAAACAAAUACGAUUUGUUGGUGGGGUGAGGGUCAGCGUCAAUAAUGACAAUUUUAAAAGAGGCGUGCAAGCAACUGUGUCAGUAUCAUUCAACCACUCAUGUGAUAAUUAUACCACCACUGGCAGACUAGAAACAGAAACGAAAAUAGUAGAAAUAAUGAAGAAGGAAUACGGAACCAUCAACUCUUGCGAUAGUGAAUCUAGAUUGUUACUCGCAAAGCCGACGAGAAGCGACAAGGAUGAAAAACAAAGGCUUUUGGACAGCGAUGCGGCGGAAAAUGUGUCGGUUGAUAUGGACAACGUCGCAUCCGGCGACGAUUUCACCGAAGAUCCCUUGCUUAACAGAAAACUGGAACAUCCCACUUCUAACUUUGACACAAUGAUACAUUUGUUGAAAGGUAACAUUGGUACUGGAAUCUUGGCGAUGCCCGAUGCUUUUCGCAACGCCGGAUGGGUCGUGGGACUUUUCGGGACCAUGUUCAUGGGCUUUAUUUGCACCCACUGCAUGCACAUGCUGGUGGGUUGCUCCCACGAAUUGUGCAAACGAACACAAAAACCCUCUUUGAGUUUCGCCGAUGUCGUCGAAAGUGCUUUUAGAACUGGACCAGAAUCGUUACAGAAAUUUAGCAAAAUAGCAAAAACGAUGAUCAACUCGUUCCUCUGCAUUACCCAGUUAGGUUUCUGCUGUGUGUACUUUGUCUUCGUGGCGGCGAAUCUUCACGACGUUGUUAAGCACUACUUCUUUGACAUCAGCGUUCAUUGGUACCUACUUAUGACCCUAAUUCCAAUGAUCCUGUUAAACUUUGUCAAGAAUUUGAAAUAUCUGACUCCGGCGUCUUUGUUUGCUUCGAUUUUGACUUGCAGCGGCUUGAUCAUAACGUUCUUUUAUAUGCUUCAAGAUCUACCAGAUACUUCUUCAGUGAAAGCGUUUUCUAGUUGGUCUCAAUUGCCGCUGUAUUUUGGAACCGCGAUAUACGCUUUUGAGGGAAUUGGAGUUGUUUUACCGUUGGAAAACAACAUGAAAUCCCCCCAGGAUUUCAGUGGAUGGACUGGUGUUCUUAACACCGGGAUGGUGAUUGUGGCAACGCUGUAUACAGCUGUGGGUUUCUUUGGUUACGUCAAAUACGGCGACAAUGCAGUUCUAGGAAGUGUGACGUUGCUUUUGCCACCCAAUGAAUUGUUGGCACAGUCGGUUCGUUUGAUGAUGGCAAUUGCGAUUUUUUUGUCAUACAGUCUUCAGUUCUACGUUCCUUUUAAUAUCGUAUGGCCUUGGAUUAAAGUAUAUUUCCACACUGAACAGUCAAAACGACUGGCGGAACACGCUACUAGAACACUUCUAGUAUUUGCGACGUUUGCUUUAGCUAUCGCUAUACCAAAUUUGGGGGCCGUUAUUUCGCUUGUCGGUGCUUUCAGUAGUUCAGCGCUGGCGCUAAUUUUUCCACCUAUAAUCGAAAUUGUCACCUUCUGGCCUGACAAGUUAGGAAAAAAUAACUGGAUUUUAUGGAAGGACAUCUGUAUUGUAUUAUUCGGUUUUAUUGGAUUCAUCGUCGGAUCGUACGUUAGUCUACUGAAUAUUCUCCAUCCUGAUAUCUAAAUACCACGAAAUCUCGAUAAUAAUGAUGACAAUAAUUUUGUAUUGCGGCUAGUUAUCGUAAUUUAUUUUUAUUUAAUUCUGUAUAUAAUUUUAUUAAUUUUAAGUAUUAUUCUAGUGGUGUUGCACUCAAAACACCUAAUUCCUGUGACAUCAGUAUUGCUACAUUUUAUAAAUCAUGUAAAUAUUUUUUUAUGUUUUAUUACAUUAUGUUAUGUAUAUAAAUUGAGAAAAUAUAUGUAUGUUUACCA